AUGUCCCAAUCGCGGCUUCUUUCAACAGCGGAUGGUGGCCCAGCCUCGCCUCCCCCUUCCAACUUUUGGCAAUGGCUCGCUUUCGGCACCCUCCCUCAGGCACCAAGUUUGGCUUUUGUAGUGCAUCACCAAUCUUCUGGUUGCCUCUCUAAUAUUUUUGCUCCUUCCACAUCAUCUUCGACUUCGCCGUCAGAUCAGCUUGGGUUCCGCUGCUCCUUCGGUCAACUGCUCGAUGCCGUCGAGAGAUUUGCAACCAUUCUUUACGCCAAGGGCUUGCGCGAGGGUCAUGUAGUCGCUUCUUUCAUUGGCAAUGACCGUUCGGUGGAAUGGGCUCUUCUUCUGUGGGCAUCGUGGAGGGUUGGCGCUGUUUUCGCACCAGUGGAGCCCGGCCUGUUGGGCCGGAGCACAGAAUUGAGAGAGGUUUGCAAGCUGUUGAAUCCCAAAGUCGUGGUACUUAAUAAUUCGACAGACAUGAGGUCGUGGAUGGAAAACGACAUGGGAGAUGAAAACAAAGUAAUUCGGCUCACUUGCGGUGAAAACAUCGACAACGACGGAAACAAGUGGUCCUCGAUUGCACACUUGACUUGUCAACUGAAUUGUUCAUCCUCUCCACCGCUGCCCGUGUCGGGACCGACGCAGCCUGCUCUUAUCAUGUUCACAUCCGGCACGACUAGUACACCAAAAGGCUGUCGCCUUACUUUUGCCAAUAUUCACGCUGAAAUUGCAGGGCAUCGCGCAUUCGCAAGUAGUAGCUGGUCUUCCGCAGCGAGGUUCCUCGUGACUACCAGCGUCUUUCGGCCAUUAUGCUAUCUUGGGUGCUUGAGCUCGUGGACUGCUGGCGGAAGUGUCAUCUUUACAGCAUCUACUUUCGACCCAACGGCAGUGGUAGAGGGGGUGAAGGCGGAGAGAGCGACGCACCUCAUGAUGGUGCCGACGCAACUGCACGCGCUGAUAAACGAAUUCGUGCAGCAACAGCACUCUCUGGAACACGAGCUCCUGUUCGUUACGUCAGCAGGCGAUGUUUCAGAGAGAGAGCUGAUCAGUAACGCUCGACAAGUCUUGAAGCCGCGUCGAUUCGUUCCCCAUUGGGGCGCGACAGAAGGUUCGCCUCUGUUUGGCUUUUCAGUUAUAGAAAACACAUCGGCCUCACUCCCGAUGUUGGAAAGUGGUGCUACAGGUAUCGGCCGCGCCUUACCAGGAACCAAAGCGAAGAUUUGCUUGGCAAACGAGUCGCCUCCAACGCUUGUGCCAAGGGGGACCCGGGGCGAGCUUCACGUGUCUUCUCCUGCGUUGAUUCAGGGGUACCUAGGCGGUGUGUCAAGCUCCAGCUUUUACGAAGAUGCACAAGUAAAUUGGUUCCGAACUGGCGAUUGGGCGGUGAUGAAUGACGAAGGUGUGGUGUAUGUAGUUGGGAGGAUCAAAGACACGAUCAAGUGUAAAGGAAUCGGCCUAUUUCCUCCAGUGAUUGAAGGAUAUCUAAAGGAUUUCUUCGGCAUCCAAGCAACGGUUGUUGGUGUUCCUGACAUCGAGUACGGAGAGAAGCCUGUUGCUAUCUUGAUUUCAAUGCCACCAAAAAUCGCAGAUGAAGUGGACGGUCAUCCCACCAAGACUAGAUUGAGCUCAUCGAAUCAUACCAAGUCAAAGGGAACCGAAGCUAUUCGGCGAGCGAUGAUUCGUUGCGUCUCAGACCACCUUGGUACAGAGUAUAUGCUGGGAGCAAUUUAUACGCUUGAAGAGUUGGGAUUAGAUGACUGGCCGUUAAAUAUCUCAGGAAAGCUAGACAAGAAUAUGCUUCGACAUUGUGUUGUAAAUAAGGCAAUGGGAAGUGGCUAA